UAACAGCAUCGCAGCAUAAUUGUUGAUAAUGUAUAUACAAACAAUAUGCAAUCCAGUUAUUGCUUCCAUGGCCUCAGGUACCAUCAUGUUCUUCAUCAACGGUUGUACCUUAACCUGGUCGUCUCCAGUAAUCCCGAAACUGCAAGACCCUGUAGAAAGCCCCUUUGGUUACCCAGUAUCAGACGACGACGUCGUUUGGAUAACUUCCAUAAUCUUCUUAGGAGCUGUCAUAGGAUCAUUUCUCUAUGGUUUUCUAGCGGACGAACUAGGAAGAAAAUACACCUACCUGUUCUUGGGAGUACCAGUUUUAUUUUCGUUCGUUCUCAUGGCAUACGUGAACUCUUUGAAGUCGUACUACCUGGGAAGGUUUCUAGCAGGGAUACCCUUGGGUGGAAGUAUAACUGUUGCCACGUUGUGUGGUGGAGAAAUACCUAGCAAAAGUACCAGGUCUAUCUACAAUGCAAUCAGUUGCGUUGUUUACAGCCUAGGAUUCCUUUUUCCUUAUGCUGUAGGACCGUGGAUACCAGUAACUACUCUCAACACUAUACUAGCUGGUGUUUGCGUUGUCUUCAUAGUGGUUUACUAUAUUUUUGGAGAAGAAACUGCCUACUUCUACGCCUUGAAGAACAAUGGUGAAAAGGCUAGGUCAACCUUGGAACGAUUGAGGAACAAAGCCGACAUUGAGCAGGAGCUGAGGGAAAUUAACGCUAGAAUAGAGGAAGAAAAAGAAGGAAGUCUUUGGUACAAUAUGAUGUCGAAGACAGUGGCCAAUGGUUUCAUAAUCAGUGUUGGACUAAUUUUCUUCCAACAGUUCUGCGGGAUGAAUCGUCUAUCCAUUUACACCCAGAUAAUUUUCGAAAUGACUGGGUCUAAUCUGGAACCAGAAAUCUCCUCUGUGAUUCUAGCUUCAGUUUCUUUCAUUACGACAUUACCAAUGGUUUUUCUAGCGGAAAAAUUCGAUAGGAAAACCAUUCUGAUUGCCUCUGCUUUCGGUAUGGCUAUAUUCCAAGUAUUGUUAGGGGUAUAUUGUUAUUUACAGGACAACCAGGUGGAUGUGGAAGCUAUCAAAUUCGUACCCCUAAUGACUCUAGCGCUGGUGGUAUUUUUCUACAACAACGGCUUGGGACCAUACCCUUUUCUUUUAUUGGCAGAAAUUUUCCCAACAAGAGUCAGAGCAUUUUCUAGUGCAAUUGUGAUUGCUCUGAUGUGGUGUUUUGUGUUCGUAGACUCUUUUUUUACUACAGAUUUGGUUGAUAGUGUUGGUUUAGGACAAUCGUUCUGGUUUUACGCUGCCUUCUGUGUCGCAGCUAUGAUUUUCGUUAAGUUUGUAUUGAUAGAGACUAAAGGAAAGACGUUGGAAGAGAUACAGAGUGAUUUAGCACAAAGACGAACAACCACAGUAGAUACUAUUUCACAUUCUGAACUAUACAGAGUGUCCCUUCAAACAUGAAUCAGUAUUACCGAAUGUUAUUGAAAUUUAAUAUUUGUUUUUUAAGAAGACCACUCGUCAUUGUAUUCUGGUCCCAGUUUGAUUUAUGAAAACGUCAUCUAUAUCCUGAUUGAUCACUAGGAUUUGUGGAAGCCACUUUGAAUUUUCAGUAAGAUCAAUUGUAUUCCAAAAGUCUAGUUUUGCUGAAUCAAAACAGACUGAUCGGAAUUGCAAAUGAAUUUUUCUGAAAUGUAAUAGGAUUCCACCAGAAUUCAGGUGAUAUUUCCUCAAAAAACGAAUGAAUAUUCUGAGAUGAUAUCAACUUUCUCCGCGAAACUACUCGAGAAUGAAACUAAACUUUUACCUCCUUUCUUAGAGCGGAUCUGAAUAAUUUAGAGAAACUCUCAGAACUCGUAGUUUAUCAUUUGAACCAUUUUGGUGAAAUUGAAAGUUAUUUCUUGUAGACUCUUGUUAUGAAAAUCACAACAUGGCGUCGAUUCUUAAGUUUAACGAUGUGCAUUUUUGUCUGAAUAGUAAUUUCAUCCCUUACCUAACUCGUUUCGUUAAGGCAAAAAUGAUUCAAGAAAUAAUGGAAGAAAUUCCAAUUCCUUUGCAUGGUUGGAUAGAGAAUGAAAUUCCCUUUCAAAUAAGCUAUCACUCACCACCCCAUGCUAUUUACAAUUUUCGAAAGGGUUGCUCGGCCGGCUGCAAUUGCGACACUCAACUGAUAACGAAACGGCUACUUUGCCAAUCAUUACCCUGAGCAAAAUGAUUUAAAAAUGGCACUUUUCUAUGCGGUAAUUUGCACUUGAUAUUGUGAUUUGAAAUCGAGAUGAGAACUAUGCUAUCUGAUACCAAUUAAAUGGUAGCAGCACAGCGAUUUAUUUGCUGCUGUUAUUCCGGACAUACUUCCAUCAUGUGAUAACGAGUUCAAUCGAAAAGCAAAUGUGAAUAUCCAAACCUACCGCGAUUCGAACUGAUCUAAGUUAGUGGCAGAGCGUCAGUUUUUCCGAGAAUAUGUCGCUCUUCUCGAAAGAUAAUAUCCGAUGGACCAGUGUGAAACUCAACAUGUGGAUUUGAAUGCUUGUAGUGUAAGUUUCACAGUUUCGCCCCUUUGAUUGUUAUUAUGUAUUUCAAGUUUUUCUCAUAUAUGUUAUGUACUUUUCUUGAAUAAUGUCAUAGUCAUACAAGAUUCUACUAAUAGGAUUCCUGACACUUUAUUGAUAGUAUGUAUAUUCUUGCAAAAUAAAGUAUAUUUUUGAUAUGAA